ACAUGCCGCGGAAAGUAAUACGUAAGCCCGGUACUAGGACGUACCAAAAUUAUAGUGAAAAUACUUUACAAAUGUGCCUUAAGUCAAUAAGAUUAAAAUUAAUGAGCCAACGUGCAGCUUCAAAACACUAUAAGAUUCCUAGAUCGACCAUAAAAAAUAAAUUAAAAAAUGACCAUGGCAAAAGUGUUGGCCGUCCGACAGUCUUUAGCCAUGAACAAGAAUUAAGUUUUGCUCAGCACUGUGUUACUUUGGCUAAUUACGGAUUUCCAUUGAUACCUUAUGACCUAAAAAUGACCAUAAGUCGAUAUUUGAAUAGCAAAGGUACUAUAGUACCACAAUUUAAGGACAAUAUACCGGGAGAUGAUUGGGUCAGCGGUUUUCUAAAAAGACAUCCGGAAUUGUCGGUUAAGUUUAGUGCAAACAUUAAAAAAACUCGCGCCAACAUAACAGCAAGUGACAUUAACGAAUACAGUGGCGCCGAACUCAUAUAUCAUGUGAAGCGAUCGCUUCACUUCUUAAUGGGUGGGUGGGUAGGUGGGUAUAGGUAAGUU